GUAAACAUGACGGUACCGCAGCUAAAAGAUGAACUAGAAAACCUCACAGCAGUAGCAGUAGUUGAUGAUUCGAAUUCCGUUGAGAAGCCAAAUUUGAAAGGAGAUUGGUUGAAUUUUUUCCUAUUAUUGUUACUGUAUACGAUGCAAGGCAUACCGUUCGGUUUAGCAUCAGCAAUGCCGAUAAUUUUACAAAGCAACAAAAAUGUGUCUUACAACGAUCAAGCUCUAUUCAGUUUAGUUGCAUGGCCGGACAGCUUAAAAUUGAUAUGGGCCCCUUUGGUAGACUCACUAUACGUACAAAAGAUGGGAAGACGAAAAUCAUGGCUCAUACCCGUUCAAUAUUUAAUGGGAGCAUGCUUCAUUUAUAUGGCCGGCAAUAUUGACGAAUGGUUGCCAGAAACGAGAAAGCCAGACAUACUGAAAUUGGUAUCCGUAUUUUUCCUCACGAACUUCUUAGCCUCCACUCUAGACAUAGUCGUCGACGGUUGGUCACUGACAAUGCUCAAGAAGAAUAACGUAGGCUAUGCAUCUACAUGCAAUUCAACCGGUCUAGUAUUGGGCAUGAUGAUGAGUUAUUUGUUUUUCAUCUUGUUGACAUCGGAAGACUUCAGCAACAAGUACUUACGGAUUAAUCCAGAUGUGGGAGGAGUAUUGACUAUGAAAAGUUUAUUCUAUGUCUUGGGUAUACUUUUUAUAUUAAUAACUACAUUGAUUGCAAUUUUUAAAAAAGAAAAAGAUAACAGAUUAGAGGACGACCACGUAAAGCUCAACAUUGUUCAAAACUAUUCGCUACUAUGGGACAUUUUAAAACUACCUAGUAUUCAAAUAUUGGCAUUAACAUUGUUGACAGCAAGGAUUGGAUUUGCUGCAACUGACAGUCUGGCGGUUUUAAAGCUCAUUGAUGCGGGGGUACCAAAAGAGAACAUCAUGGUUAUCCACACAACAAUUUUAGUUGUAAAAAUUACUGUGCCACUUGUUGUAGCGAAAUACACUUCUGGUCCAAAACCUUUGAAUAUAUACCUAACAGCAACAACCAUCAGAUUACUUUGGAAUAUUUCAUUUGUGGUGUUUAUUUAUUAUACACCGAAAUUGAUAACUAUGAAUGGGUUUGUUAAUAUUCCAGAAUAUUACUAUGCACUUUUAGUAUUUAUAUUAUCAAUACAUAAGAUUUUACCUAACAUUAUGGCUGUAUCUACAUUAUCUUUUUUUUCUCGAAUAAGUGAUUCACGUUUUGGUGGUACUUACAUGACAUUAUUGAAUACACUUUUAAAUUUGGGAGGAGCUUGGUCAUCUUCGGUUGCCAUUGGAAUGGUAGAUUUCUUAACGUUUAAACAAUGUUCUUUGGAUAAUCAGAAUAGUUGCUCUACAGAAAAUCUAAAAAACAUGUGUAAAACAAAUGGAGGGGAUUGUGUUGUUAUAGUGAACGCCUAUUACGUAGAAACAACUGUAUGUACCAUAAUCGGAAUCGUUUGGUUUUGUAUUUUCAGAAUUAUCCUUAAAAAAUUUCAAACUAAGGGCCCUUCUUAUUGGGUGGUAAAUAUAAAGAGACCUUCCGGUGAGUAAUAUUAAAUAAUAAUUGUUGAAUAAAUAUUGCUCAAUACCCAUUUAGUCAUAUUUAUUAACGUUUCAAAGGCCUAAAUACAUAGGUACAUAGGUGAUUUUUCCAAUGCAUUUGAAAAUGCUAUGAAAAUCAAAUUAAAACAAAUGAAUAGGUAACAAAUACAAUUAUAGUAUAUUUAUAUUUAAAAAAAAUCUACUGUAAUAUAUAUUAAAUAUAUUGUAUAAAUAUGUAAUAUUAUGGUGUUGUUUUAUACAUAAAGAUAAUUUAGAGUUUAUUAGUUGGUACCUUCCUACUUGCUAAACUCUGGAACUACUUAUCCAUAUUUGGGAGUGUUUAGAUUAUUUUUUAACCUGAAUAUGUUGCUAAUAAUUACUAUAGUGUAGCUCGAACACGAAAAUCUAAUACUAUUUUGUUAAUGUAUAAGGUAUAUAUGUAUUUAUGUAUAGGUUGCUACUUGCUAUUGGUUAAGGUACAAUAUUUAAUUUUUAUAUAUUAGAAUACUAGGAUAGGUAUUGAAGCAACGAAAAUAUUUAAAUUUUAUGAAUAACAAUACAAAAAAGUGGACGCCACUCUGCUGUACAGUAAGUUACACGUGAGUAACUGUAAUGGAUGAUGUUAAAUUUUGGUGCAAUGAUAUAAAACCAUUGUACAGGAAUAACGGUACAGAGAGAAGACGGUCUGUCAGCCUAUAAUAUUACUAAGUACUAAGUAGGUAUAUUGUAUGAUACUAUUGCGAUUAAAGUAAUUGUAGUAUUAGGCAUUAGUAUAUAGGUACUUCGGUAGGUUAUAUUAAUUGUUGCCUAAAAAAUUACAUUUGAAAAUGUUGUUUUGUGUAUUAAAUAUAAUAAAUCACUUUAAAAGUUUCAUAUAUAAACGAGUAAUAUUUUUAAAUAAAUAACUAAAAUCGUUAUUCUUAGUUUUAAUAUGUAAUUUCAUCCAAAUUUGAAUUUAAAAUGUCAGUAAAAAAUAACCGUGUUUUUAUAUCUUUUAUACAUCUUUGGUUACAGUAUGAACUAUUUAUUAGAAUCUUUGUUUUAAACUUUCAAUACUUAGCUAUAAAAAUUGAAUAUUUUAUAUAUUUUUAAUUUGGUACAAUAAUGGAUAUUGUAAAUAUUCGAAGUUUAAAUACUUAUAAAAAAAUAUUGUGCUUAUGCAUUAGCAUUUUUAAUAUUUUUCUACUGCUAUUGUAACAAUACACCAUGUAUGGUGUAUAGAAAAUGAUAAUAUAAACAUUCAGUGAAAAUGUCAUGUAUCUACAUUCUACGGUAAUUUGUUUUAGAGUUACAACAAAAAACAAAAUUAAUUUUGCGUAGAAAUUUCCAUUUUUCCUUAAAUUCUAUUUUGUUUUUUCCUGCGCUUUUUAAAACUGUUUGAAAUUUUAAAUUUCAACCCUCGAAUAAUCCAACUAUUAGUUUACUUUCUCAUCGAUCAAGAUACUGUUGAAGAAAAUCGAAGCAGUUUUAAUGCCUAAGCCCCAGUGGCGCCAAACACGAGUAUCAACUCUAUUUAUGGGUUGGCUAGGUGGGUGGGUGGUGAUAAUAAGUCAUCAGUUAUUAGUUUUAUUUAAUAUUUAAAGGAAGUAUAUUGUGAUUUUAAUGCACUAUUUGAGAGUAGCUAAACAUUUUUUUAAGUAGGUGGGUCUAACAUCAUCAUUUUUUCUCCAUAACAUGAAAUAGAUCAGCGCUACUGCUCAGCCCCCAAACAGUGAUGACAGACACAACAAUUAAAAAUUAAAAAAUACAUACAUCAUUGUAAAAUCAAAUGGUAAAUAGUAUUUCUAUGAAAAAAAAUAUGUAUGCUACAAUCUAGCGCUCAUGUUGCUUUAGCAAAUUCCGGAUUUUUACGGUCUGUGAUAAUACGGAGCAUGUAUUUUUGCUUUCCGGGCUUUUACGGUCCGGUAAUUUAAAGUCCGGGACAUUACAAUCCGUGAUAUUAUGGUUUAAUAUUUUUGAAUUCCGUAAAUGUACGGUCCGUGUAUUUACUAUCCGCGGGAAUUUUUUUUUCGGAUUUUUACGGUCCGUGACAUUACGGAAAAAUUCCGGUUUUUACGGUCCGCCUUAUUAUUUUCCGAACAUUGACGGUGCCCCCACCGAAAUUGAUAUCAACGAAUGGGUUAGUUAAUAUUCCAAUAUAUUACUAGGCACUUUUAGUAUUUAUAUUACCAAUACACAAUGUCAGUUAUAACUAUUUAUUAAUUCAUAGGUGUUUAAAUUAACAUCAUUAAAUGUAUAUACUAUUGUGAUAAAUUGUAUUAUCAUACCUAUAAGAAAAAUAUUUUAUAUAUAUAUCAGUAACUGGGAUCUAAAUUGUAUAGAUUUUACCUAACAUUAUGGCUGUAUCUACAUUAUCUUUUUUUUCUCGAAUAAGUGAUCCACGUUUUGGUGGUACCUACAUGACAUUAUUGAAUACACUUUAAAACUUGGGAGAAGCAUGGUCGAAGACGGUCGCUAUUGGAAUGGUAGAUUUCCUAACUUUUAAACAAUGUUAUUUAUAUCGACAAAAUAAUUGCUCAACAGAAAAUCUAAAAAAUGUAAGUUAUACCAAAAUAAUUUAUUGAAUUACACAAGCAACGACAAUGAUUAUUAUGAACUUUGAACAAUAUAUUAUGUUUGUAUAUGUUUUUUCCAAUUUAUUUUAUUAGAUUGAAAGGAUAUAAUGGUAUCCAUAAAAGUACAUAUAAAAAAAUAAUUUUUGAUUUAAUUUGUAAUGACAUUCAUUCCAACUUAUUUUUUUGUUUAUAGAUGUGUAAAACAAAUGGAGUGGAUUGUGUUGUUAUAGAGAAUGGUUUUUACGUAGAGACGGCUAUGUGUACCAUAAUCGGAAUCGUUUGGUUUUGUAUUUUAAGAAUUAUCCUUCAACAUUUUCAAACUAAGGGACCUUCUCACUGGUUGGUCAAUAUUAGAAGACCUUCCGCUGAGUAAUAUUAAAUAAUAAUUGUUGAAUAAAUAUUGCUCAAUACCUAUUUAGCCAUAAUGAUUAACAUCUCAGAGGCCUAAAUAUAUCUAUUGUAAUUUAUUUAUUAUUUUAGUAUUACUAUAUGUAUUAUUAGAUUCUCUUUAGAGACUUUAAAUUGUAAACUUAUAGUAAUCUGUAUACCUAAUAUAUAAUAUAUAUAAUAUAAAAUAGCAAUCAUUAUCUAUUAUUAUAUGUAACAUUGGGGGCGCACAGUUUUUGAAUGCCUAGGUACUUUACUAACCCGGUUUAAUCAAAUAUUUUAUUUGGAGUAAAUGGGGACAUCACAACUCGCACAAUAUUUAUGUAUUGUGUCGAUAUUAUGGAGAUACAUAAAUCAGCAUGAUCGUUAAAUCGAUGCACUUCUCUUAGGCAUUCUAGUAACAGACAAGACACCUAUCUCUUUACCUAUCAGGAGCUGAGUGGCGAGUGUAAACUAAUUCCAGGCUGUCUUUGUUGUUCCUGUUACGGCAUUCUACAAGUUGACCCGCGAGGAUUUACCGAUUGCGAUAUAUCCUUAGAUAAUAAACAUAUCAUAAAUCUGUUUUUUUUUUUAAACUUGCAGAGACAACAUAACAAGGACUGCACAUAUUUUUUUUUUUAAUUUUUAAUUUUUUUAAUUUUUUAAAUUUUAAUUUUUUU